CGCCAUCAUGCAUGAGUGACUCCUCUGCGCAAUCACAUCCUGAGCAACUCGCAGUAUCGCCAUUGCUGUGAGCACCUCGAGCUGCCCUUCCACGACCGCAUCCUCCGUCUGGGAGAUAGAUCACUCCGCCCCGCUGUCUCACCUGUCACAUGCUCCCACGCUAGCGCAACACGCGCGUGAGCACUGCUGGUUGAGAUCAAGGUAGUAGACCGUCUUCGACUUCGCAGCUUCACACACCUUGUCACAGUGGCCAUGAACGAGUUUGCCCGCUUCUCGAAGCGGGCAGUCGACUACAUCUUCGACCGACCUGCCAGAAACGACGACCCAUCGCCUAUCUGGUGCCUGGGCCGAUCCUACGACUCCGAGUAUCGUCCCGACCGACCAUCUUCAGCAAGCGGUGCCCUACCAGGUACCUCUCCCUCAGCACAGUCAGAUGUAUCACACGCCGAUAGCGCAGUGGUGACCAAAGCGAGCGCGAAGCCCGACGAUGUGGCUGCAGAUAACGACGAUGAGCUGGUCAAGAGCUUCGACCAAGUGCAACUUAGUAAAAGCAUGGACGAAGAGGAUCUUGGAUGGCCCUCGGAAUUCGUAGAUGACUUCGAGUCGAGAAUAUGGAUCACAUACAGAGAUGGCUUUCCGCCGAUACCCAAAUCGUCAGACCCAGCAGCGGGCUCGAAGAUGUCAUUCACGACCAAGCUACGAAGCCUUGCAAACCAACAGGGCUUCACUUCCGACACUGGUUGGGGAUGCAUGAUCAGGAGUGGGCAGUCUUUGUUGGCGAACACAAUCGUCCUGCAUAGGCUAGGUCGGGACUGGAGGAAGGGUAAGAACGAGGCAGAGCACAAGAAUGUUCUGUCGCUUUUCGCAGAUACACCUGAGGCGCCCUUCUCUAUUCACAAGUUCGUCGAGCACGGUGCUCAGGCAUGUGGCACAUAUCCGGGCGAGUGGUUUGGUCCAAGCGCCACAGCCAGGUGUUUGCGAGCUCUCACCGACAAGUACCACGAAGCAGGACUGCGGGUCUACGCACGCCCUAACGAUAGCGAUGUAUACGCAGAUGCGCUCCUGGAAACAGCGACACAGAAAGAUGCAGAUGAUAAAUUCCAGCCGACGUUGAUCGUACUCGGAAUCAGAUUGGGAAUAGACAAGGUCACACCGGCAUAUCACGUAGCCCUGAAGGCAGCACUCGAGCUUCCACAAAGUGUUGGAAUUGCUGGUGGACGACCAAGCAGCAGCCACUACUUCAUCGGUCACCAAGGCGAUGCGUUCUUCUAUCUCGACCCGCACUACACACGACCCAUGCUAUCGCCACAGCCUUCUGGCGAAGACAUCGAAACAUGCCACACGCGACGGAUCCGCAAGCUGCCUCUGUCCGAGAUGGAUCCUUCCAUGCUCCUUGGUUUCCUCAUACACAGUAAAGAAGAGUUCGAGCAGUGGAGAAAGGCUGUCUCAGAAAUGCCAGGCAAAGCCAUCAUACACAUUCACGAUACAGAGCCAAAGUAUGCCACUGGAAAUGAGCGAGCAGGUGCCAUUGACGAGGUGGAGACUAUGGAUGAAACGCUAGAUGAGGAUGAUGAUGACGAGGGCGAGAAGAUAUGAGGACUCGUGGGAGGAUUGGGAUAUACGACUGAUGUGAAAGGCUUGGUUUUUCGGGAUACCUGAACGGUUCUGUUUGGGACAUGACUACCUACUGUUCUGACGAUGGGCAUUUGAGCGUUCUUGCAUGACGGAAUGGAAGUUGGCGCACAUUGGGUCAAAGGCUGUGCGUGAUCGGUUUUAGUGACUCAGCUGAUAGAUACCCGAUAUGAACGAAAUCGGCUGUUAAGACAAAUGGUUCUAAGGUUCGUUGGAGAGGGAGCGGAAACGCG